CCCGCACGCUGGCCGCUGCAAGAUGGCGGUGGUGGCGGAAACAAGCCGAGUAGUUCCUGUGGCGGGUUUUUGAUAAUCAAAUCUGUCCCUAAGAAGUGAACUGACAAGGCUGCUUUUCUGUCCAAACGUUGGGGAGUUGGUUGGCACCAUGAAGGUCUUCUGCGGGCGGGCCAAUCCAACCACAGGAUCUGUGGAGUGGCUGGAGGAGGAUGAGCACUAUGAUUAUCACCAGGAGAUUGCCAGGUCAUCCUAUGCAGAUAUGUUACAUGACAAAGACAGAAAUGUAAAAUAUUACCAGGGUAUUCGGGCUGCUGUGAGCAGGGUGAAGGGCAGAGGACAGAAAGCCUUGGUUGUUGACAUCGGCACUGGCACAGGACUCCUGUCGAUGAUGGCAGUCACAGCAGGUGCUGACUUCUGCUAUGCUAUUGAGGUUUUCAAGCCUAUGGCUGAUGCUGCUGUGAAAAUUGUGGAGAAAAAUGGCUUCAGUGAUAAGAUUAAGGUUAUCAACAAACAUUCCACUGAGGUGACUGUAGGGCCAGAUGGUGACAUGUCAUGCCGUGCCAACAUUCUGGUCACUGAGCUGUUUGACACAGAACUGAUUGGGGAGGGAGCACUGCCCUCCUAUGAGCACGCGCACAGGCAUCUUGUGCAGGAAAAUUGUGAGGCAGUGCCUCACAGAGCAACAGUCUAUGCCCAGCUGGUGGAGUCUAGAAGGAUGUGGUCAUGGAACAAGCUGUUUCCUGUUCAUGUUCAGACCAGCUUCGGAGAGCAAGUCAUUGUCCCUCCCUCAGAACUAGAGAGGUGCCCUGGUGCACCCUCUGUCUAUGACAUUCAGCUGAACCAGGUGUCAUCUUCUGACUUCACUCUCCUCAGUGAUGUGCUACCUAUGUUCAGUGUGGACUUCAGCAAGCAAGUCAGUAGCUCAGCAGCCUGCUACAGCAAGCAAUUUGAACCUCUGAGAUCUGGCCAGGCUCAGGUGGUUCUCUCCUGGUGGGACAUUGAAAUGGACCCUGAGGGGAAGAUCAGGUGUACCAUGGCCCCUUUUUGGGCACAGUCAGACCCAGAGGGCCUUCAGUGGCGGGACCAUUGGAUGCAGUGUGUGUACUUCUUGCCACAAGAGGAGCCCGUUGUACAGGGUGCAGCCCUCUGCCUGGUAGCCCACCAUGAUGACUACUGUGUAUGGUACAGCCUUCAGAGGACCAGCCCUGAAGAGAAUGGCAGAGUCCACCAAUUGCGCCCUGUGUGUGACUGCCAAGCUCACCUCCUCUGGAACCGGCCUCGGUUUGGAGAGAUAAAUAAUCAGGACAGAACUGAUCAGUAUGCCCAGGCUCUACGGACUGUGCUGACACCAGACAGCAUAUGCCUCUGUGUCAGUGAUGGCAGUCUGCUCUCCAUGAUGGCUCAUCACCUUGGGGCAGAGCAGGUAUUUACAAUUGAAAGUUCAGCAGCUUCCCAUAAACUGAUGAAAAGGAUGUUCAAGGCUAACCACUUGGAAGAUAAAAUUAGUAUCAUUGAGAAACGGCCUGAGUUGCUAACAUCUGCAGACCUGGAGGGUAAGAAGGUCUCCCUCCUCCUUGGUGAACCUUUCUUCACUACCAGUCUGCUGCCAUGGCACAACCUGUACUUCUGGUAUGUCCGCACUGCUGUGGAUCAGCACCUGGGACCUGGUGCCGUGGUGAUGCCCCUGGCUGCCUCGCUGCAUGCCAUGAUUGUGGAGUUCAGGGACCUGUGGCGGAUCCGGAGCCCCUGUGGUGACUGUGAAGGCUUUGACGUGCACAUCAUGGAUGACAUGAUUAAGCGUGCUCUAGAUUUCCGGGAGAGCAAGGAGGCAGAGCCUCACCCACUGUGGGAGUACCCCUGCCGUAGCCUCUCGGAGCCCCAGAGAAUCCUGACCUUUGAUUUUCAGCAGCCUGUCCCCCAGCAGCCUAUGCAUGCCGAGGGUUCCAUGGAGCUGAGAAGGCCUGGAAAAAGCCAUGGGGCAGUCCUGUGGAUGGAAUACCACCUGACACAAGACAACACUGUCAGCACUGGCCUCCUGGAGCCCUUGGAAGACAAGGGGGAUUGUUGCUGGAACCCCCAUUGCAAGCAGGCUGUGUACUUCCUUAGCACCACCUUGGAUCCCAGGAUGCCACUGGAUGGCCCUCGGACAGUCAGCUAUACUGUGGACUUUCACCCCCACACCGGAGAUAUCACCAUGGAGUUCAGGUUCAUGCACACCCCAGACUGACUCUCCCCGGUUGAGAAAUAAAGGCUACGGGCUCUGAAUGGAUUGUGGCUCAUUGGGGAAGGCAU